UUACUGACUUUAUGAAAAUGUUUUUAUGUGAAAAAUAUCCGCUUGCUCCGCCUGCACCCGACCUGCACCCUUUUCCCCCAGUUUUGUGGAUUCCCUGUGUUCUGAGUAGGAAUGGCACUAUGAUAUUCAAAAUGGCGGAAGACUUGAAAUGUUUCAGUUUUAAGCCUUUUAAAAACAUCGACAAAUUAUGACACCAUAGAAUAUAUAAAUGCAAGAUGAUGGCAGGGAAAAUUGAAGAAACUAUAGAUGCACAARCAGUCUUUUCAGGAGUGCUGUGCGAGUUUCUUGAAGUUGCUUUUCAUCUUAUCCUGUAUGUGAGAGAAGUUUAUCCUGCCGUAGUCUUUGAAAGAAGAAAGAAAUACAAUGUCCCAGUGCAGAUGUGUUGUCACCCUGAGUUAAACAGCUACAUUCAAGAAGUUUUGCUAACAAUAAAACCAUUGGUUGAAAAGAAUGAGGUAUCAAAGAUAAGUUUGGUUAUUUCAAAUAAGAACCAUCAACCUGUGGAAAGAUUUACAUUUGAGGUGAACCAACCUGAACAGCUUUCAUUGAGUAACGAUGAUCUCUUGCUUCACACAGAAUCAGCAUUGAGAGCAUUCUUGCUUAAAAUCAAUGUUAGCGAUGCUCUUCUCAAGACCAACCCACCAGACUGCACAUUUACAGUUCUUGCUACAACCAAGCAAUCUGCCCAUAUCAGGUUACAAAGUACCACUAAAGGAGAGGAGUUUCCAUGGAUACCAGCUGAUAUUGAAUCAACUGAUACAACAAACUUCUUCAUCACCCCUUUAAAGUCAAUGUCUACACCUAUUCUUAAGAUGCAGUUAUAUGUAGAAGAGAAUGCUGACACAAAGAAUGACAGAAAUGAAAAAAACAAAUACUGCUCAAACCACAAACUGAUAUGA